CACUGGCAUCUCAUCUUGAGGAGCUGGGCAUCGAUGCACGGAAAGCAGGUGGACUCUGCUGUCCUCUCCAGCCUGUGGUCCCUUCGCCCAUCACCCAUGGCUACCGAAACAAAUCUACUUUCUCUGUGAACCGAGGACCAGAUGGGAACCCCAAGACCGUGGGGUUGUAUGUGGGAACUGGCAGAGGUUCCAGCGUCAAGAAGCGGCGGAAGAAGGAUAAGCGGGUGCUCGGCGAUGAGGAUGUAGCGGACAUUCAGCACACGGAGGAAUUUCUGAUCAAGCCCGAGUCCCGGAUCGCCCAGCUGGACACCUCGCAGUGGCCGUUACUGCUGAAGAACUUUGACAAGCUAAAUGUGAUGACAGCACACUACACACCUCUCCCUUCUGGUGCUAAUCCCCUGAAGAGAGAGAUUUCUGACUAUGUUCGGUCUGGCUUUAUUAACCUCGACAAACCUUCCAACCCAUCUUCCCAUGAGGUGGUUGCGUGGAUCCGACGUAUCCUUCGAGUAGAGAAGACUGGGCACAGUGGCACUCUGGAUCCUAAGGUGACUGGGUGCCUCAUUGUGUGCAUUGAGAGGGCAACACGACUGGUCAAAUCUCAGCAGAGCGCAGGCAAAGAGUAUGUGGGAAUUGUUCGGCUGCACAAUGCAAUUGAAAGUGAGGCUCAGCUUGCCAGGGCAAUAGAAACUCUGACUGGUGCCCUGUUUCAGCGACCACCUCUCAUUGCUGCUGUCAAACGACAGCUGAGAGUCAGAACCAUCUAUGAGAGCAAGCUGGUGGAGUAUGACCCUGAGAGAAGAUUAGGUAUCUUCUGGGUGAGCUGUGAAGCAGGCACAUACAUCCGGACACUCUGUGUUCACCUGGGUUUGCUGCUUGGAGUGGGGGGCCAGAUGCAGGAACUCCGGAGAGUACGCUCGGGCAUCCUGGGAGAGAAGGAUAACAUGGUGACCAUGCACGAUGUGCUGGAUGCACAGUGGCAGUAUGACAACAACAAGGAUGAGAGCUACCUGCGGAGGGUCAUCCUGCCCCUGGAGAAGCUGCUGACCUCACACAAGCGGCUGGUCAUGAAAGACAGUGCGGUUAAUGCCAUUUGCUAUGGAGCCAAGAUCAUGCUGCCUGGUGUCCUGAGGUAUGAAGAUGGUAUCGAGCUUAAUCAGGAGAUUGUUGUAAUCACCACAAAAGGAGAAGCUAUCUGCCUGGCCAUUGCCUUGAUGACCACAGCAGUCAUUUCUACCUGUGACCAUGGCAUCGUGGCCAAGAUCAAGAGGGUGAUUAUGGAGAGAGACACUUACCCCCGCAAGUGGGGUCUGGGUCCCAAGGCCAGUCAGAAGAAGAUGAUGAUUCAGAAGGGUCUGCUGGACAAGCAUGGAAAGCCCAACGAGAGCACCCCGGAUUCCUGGAAGAAGGAAUAUGUGGAUUAUAGGGAUGCUUCCAAAAAAGAGGCAGCUGUCGCUCCCCGAGCUGUUUCAGAGCUGGAGAGGGCUCAAAAAAGGAAACGGGAGUCAGAGAGUGAAAGCGAGGGGGCUGUGACCCCACCAUCCCCUGCCACCCCACCACCUGAGGAGCUGAGCAAAAAGAAAAAGAAGAAGAAAGAGAAGAAGGCUAAAGAGGCAGCUGAGAGUGGGGGAGAGCAAAUCGAAGUGCCCAGUGAGACCAGCAUCAAGAAGAAGAAGAAAAAGAAACAAAAGGAGGUAGAAGAAAGCUCGGAGUAAGCGACUGGAUCUGUCCAAGGCAGGCGACCUCAGGAGGGAGGAGUCUGAGACCUGGAGAAAAACAGGACUGGCUCCGUGGCAGAGGGGCCAGUGAGUUCCAAAUCCCUUUUCUGCUGUGUGGGUGUGUUUGCCCAGGAUACACCCUGCAUGGGUACCCCUCCUCAUCCUGUUUUAAGGGUUGCCAGAGGAGUGGGGUGCCUGGCUGCCCCUGUGCUGGAUUGCUGUCUAAAGCUGAACACCGUGAUGCCAGUAGAGGUAUCUUCAGGGAAGCUAUAGUUCUUGGAUCUUACUUGGUGUCUCUGUUUUUACCUUGAGAGGGAGGAGUAACUUUUCUCACCCCUCUUGUCCUGCCUCUUUCUUUCCUUCCAAGUUGGGAGCUGUUACCUGACAGUCACAGAAUGUGUUGGUGGCUGGAGGACUGGCUUUGUCACAGCCCAUCUGAAUGGGUUUGGAUGGGGUAUUUGAAGGGCUCUGGUUUGUUUUAACCUGGCCCUGUGCUUGACUUGACCCUCAGCUAGAUGAGAUCAAAUAGUUCAGCGAUUUUUUUAACCUUACCAUGAAAUGAUAAGACCAUUAAAUUCCUGCUUAUUGCUUUAGAGUGUGGGGACCUGCUUGUUGUUGUCUGAUCCCCAGACCCAGUGCCCCAGUGAACUUUUCAGUGUGUACCUCUUGCUUGCUCUUUGCUCUUCUCUAUCCUGUUGUUGAAAUGGGACCACAGCACUUCCAGUUGCCUUCCUUGGAGGGGCAGAAGCAGAGAGACCAGAAGUCAUCUGGCCAGUGAGCUUUUUUGAGGGCUGUUGGGACUGGAGUUCUUGUGAAGAAAAGCUUGAGCAGAGGCAGAGCUGCAGGGGGCACUGGAUGUGGAGCUUGAGCAGUUUCAGAAAGACUUGUCCUAAUUUUUUUAUCUGGGGGUGGGAGGUCUCCCCUCUGUCACAGGGGUAGUGCUGACUGAGGAUUUUAGCCCCUUUUAAUGGGGAAGGGUCCAGGCUGCUUCCUCUCUGCAGAGAUUCUGUAACGUUUGUCUUAGCCUCGUGCGUUGCUUUUAUCUUAACUUGGUAUUUCUUCCCUCCGAUGCUGGAGACACAUGCAGGCAGUGGGGCCAGCAGCUGGUGGCUGUCAACACCUGAGCAGAAAAAGUAAUCCAUUUUUAUUUACUCUUUUUUUAUAUAUAAAAAUAAAAGCCCUAUUUUUGAACAGGUGA